CUCUGUUGGCAAGUCUUUUGGUCUGAUAAGACCUGGCUAUAAAAGAGCCCAGCUUUUUGUUCGAAGACAUGAGAGCAGAAUUCACCAUGCAGAAGAGCACAGCCCAGAUGAUCAUAGCAGUCUGCCUGAUCUGCCAAUCUAUGGCAGUGGAGGUUAAGGAUAAGGUCAACAUUCCUCUAAAUAUAGACAGUGUCCAGAAGCAUAAUCUUAAGCUGCUUUCCGAGCAACUGAAUCGGGGUUGGAGGGCUUUCUGUGAUGCCCCUGUGGAUGAGGGUGUUAUGUCUUUGUUCCAGGGCAUCAAUCCCAGCGAUGCCCGACUCCAUGUGAUGACCAUUACGAACCAAAGUGUAGAGCUGCCCAUCAAGUCCAUAUCUCAAAUCAAGGACUUCGAUAUCAAUCCAGAGCGUAAGACCCUCAUCUAUGUGAAUGCCUUCCACACGGCCGACAGCUAUUUCAGUGUCCAGGAACACUUGACCCUCCUGCAAAACAGCAGAAGGGAUCUUAAUGUUAUAGUGGUUGACUUUGCCAAGGAUGUGGCUCAACUUUACUAUGCAGUGCGGCACCAUCUCUCGGUUGAUGGAUAUUUCGUGUAUAAACUAGUAAGGGCCCUGAAGGAUGCGGGCAUUGCUGUGCAGGAUAUCACAUUGGCAGGUCAUUCGGUGGGUGCCAAUAUAGCCGCUUUGGGUGCCCAACUCUUUGCCAAGGAAAACAAACAGUUGGUGGGGCAGCUUAUAGCCAUUGAUCCUGCCACCAUGUGUCGCACCACUGAUAUAUUGGUAAAGCAAAGUGUGGCUGCUAGGGUGGUGGUGCUGCACGGCGAGGGAGAUGCGUUUGGGGUGAGGGUUCCACUGGGUCACAUCGAUAUCUAUCCGAAUGGCAUUGGCUACUUUCCAAGGAGGAAACUUCAACCUGGCUGCGAGUCCAAGAUCUGCAGUCACAUGUAUCCUUUCGUUCUCUUUAUGGAGGCUCUCAUUGAGGGUGUGAUGAUUCCAGCCACCAAGUGCGAGAGCUGGGCCAAGUUCCGACAAGGAGACUGUAAUUUCCAGAACACCAUCAACAUUGGACUCAUAUAUCCUGUGACCGCAAAGGGUCUCUACUUCUGCUUGACCCAAUCGAAUCCUCCUUUUACCUAUAUGGAGCAUGGCUUACGCUACAAGGCGAGACGUCCUGAGAAACCCUCUGACAAAAAAUACGCUUAAGUUUUAAUUUUAAGAACUGUAAUUGUUUUUUAGUUGGUUAGUUAAAUUAUUAAAAUAUGUUUAGUAAGUUAAAGUUGUGUG